AUGGAGACAGAAGAGAAAACCAAGGAGCAUGUCUCCGCCCCCUCGUUGGAAGAAAUGGAGGAUACCACUCUUCAUACAGUGACUGGCAGUGAAGCCUACAAUCAGGCCUUGCUGCAAGAACCCCCGAAUCUGAGACAUCCCACAACGAUCAUGCUCUGUCUCUGUCUGCUUGUCGGGUUCUGCUGCCAGACCAUGAACGGCUUUGACGGCUCUCUCUUCAGUGGUCUUCUGGCCAAUAGGAUCUUCUUAGACCACUUUCACGGCAGCGACUCCGGUAUCUGGGCCGGCAUUGUCUCCGCGAUGUACCAGAUCGGUGGUGUCAGCGCUCUUCCCUUCGUGGGUCCCGCCAUUGACACCUGGGGCCGCCGUGUGGGGAUGUUGAUCGGCAGUAUUCUGAUUGUGCUCGGUACGGUCGUCUGCGGCACUACAAUCACCAAUGCCAGCGCCGGCCAGUUCAUGGGCGGUCGCUUCCUUCUCGGCUUCGGUGUCUCUAUCGCUGCGGCCGCUGGUCCCAUUUAUGUCGUCGAGACAACCCACCCGGCUUACCGAGGUAUGGUCACUGGAUACUGCAACACUUUCUGGUUCGUCGGCUCCAUUCUAUCGUCCGGUGCCGUCCGUGGUGCCAUCACGCUCGACAACAACAACUCGUGGCAGAUCCCCGUGUGGCUGCAGCUGGUCUUCUCCGGUAUCAUCCUCUGCUGCUGCUGGAUGAUUCUCGAGUCCCCCCGGUGGCUGUAUGUCCACGGGAAGAAGGAGAAGGCGGUGGAUGUCCUGACCAAGUGGCACGGUUAUGGCAACCGGGAUUCGCUCUGGGUCAAGCUGCAGCUCUCCGAGUAUGAAAGCCACUUGAACAUGGACGGUUCGGACAAGAAGUUCUGGGACUACCGCAGUCUCUUCAACCGCCGAAGCAACGUCUACCGUCUGUGUUGCAACUGCGGCUUUGCUAUUUUCGCGCAGUGGGCUGGCAACGGUGUGCUGACCUACUAUCUGGUCCCGGCCUUGGAGGGAGCUGGUUUCACCUCCGAUGUCACGCAGGCCAACAUCAACCUGGGCUACUCUUGCUUCCAGUUCUUCUUCGCGCUGUGCGGUGCUGCCUUUGUCGAUAGCCUCGGCCGCCGCACUCUGAUGUUGAGCGGUAUGGCCGGAUGCUGUUUCGUCUGGGUUGCCAUUCUGGCCGCCUCGAGCCAGGUCUACAACUCCAGCGGUGCUCUCAACCAUGCCGCGUCUAAUGCUACCCUGGGCUUCAUCUUCAUCUUUGGCGCCGUUUUCUCCUUCUUCAUCACCCCACUUCAGGCCCUGUACCCGGUCGAAGUGCUUUCCUACGAGAUGCGUGCCAAGGGUAUGGCCUUUUCGUCCUUGGCCGUCAACGCGGCCGGUCUGCUGAACCAAUUCGCCUGGCCCGUGUCGCUGAAGGAAAUCGGCUGGAAGACGUACAUUGUGUUUGUCGUCUGGGACGCCAUUCAGUUUGUUAUUAUGUACUUUUUCCUCCCUGAGACCAAGAGCCGAACGCUCGAGGAACUCGAUCAGAUUUUUGAGGCGCGGAACCCGGUCAAGGCGUCGACCCGGGCUACUACGAUCGCUGUUGAUCAGGACAACCAUGUGGUGGCUGUCAAGGACAAUGCCUAG